AUGCGGGAUCGGAGAAGGUCGUUCAAUGCAUUUGCUUCUCCAUCAGAACCCGAACCUCAACCUCGCAAGCCUCGACCCAUGAGUCUACAUCCUUCACUAUCCAGUGGCUUAACAUACGAGACGUCAUCUUCACCACCGCCAGUUCAAAGAUCUCGACCAAAGACAAGCGAAGGUCGAAGUCGAGGAAGGAGUUUUGGUCGUGUUGAGAUUGAUACGGUUGACGAGGCGUUUGAUGAAGCUGCGCCGUGUCCGAUUAUCCCAGCUCAAUUCAGACCAGACAAGCGGGCAAGUGUAUAUCUUGAACCAAAUUACCGAUACGACCGGAAUGAUGUUCAUCCUCGUCCAGAGUCAUAUCACGGAGGAUCAACGCUCUCAUCUUAUCCACGAAGCGAACUGUCACAACCUUCACGCCCAUCGAGCUCUUCAUCAAUUGACAAACCAUUUCCUCGAUCUCGCACAAUGGCCAGCGUUGCUCUACGAAACCAACGUCUGGAUGAUAUUAACGAACACAUCCCAGUGCGGACAUCUUCUCUUAACGUCAACUCACAAGCAAACAUCACCCCUACAACACAGUCAUCAGGUUUCUCGAGCAUCCAAUACCCCAUUAGCCAUCAUACGCCAAGUACUUCUAUAGAUGCAUCUCUGCCACCUUCGAUCAAGAUGCGUCCUGAUCAUGAGCAGAGUGCUGCAGUUAGUCAGAACACUCAGCAUAACUCGCCUGGGGAUGAUUACUCCGCCGAGACGCUUGUUCCAUCACGGAUGGAUGUGGAACAACAUCUCGGCCACCCCAUAACAACCGGCCACGACAUGGAUCUCUACCUUUCCGAUGCAAGCGAAGACUCAAUAGACUCCUUCGUCGCAUGGAAAGAGAAGCGUCGCGACGGGGAAGGACUCCUUAUGAAGGACCACUACGGCAUGUCCGGCGACGGUCUCCCAGGGAUAUACGAACCCCUCCCCAUCCUCAAAGCACCCGCCUCACCACCCCCAAUCCCCAUAAUCCCCCCUUCACCAAUCUCAAAACGUCCCAAAACGCCAAAAAGCCCAAAGAGCCCUCGCACACGAAGCAACAAGUCCACACCCCGCCGCACGCGCCAAUCCCGCAGUCGCACAACGACACCCCGCCGAACACGCCAGGUCUCUACCUCUGAAGACCAAGACUCUGAUUCAUUCUGGGAGAGUG